GGACAUGGCCAAGGCGGGCGGCGCAGAAUGUUCUCUCUCUUGGCUGCAAACCAUAGAACAUAACCUGGGUGGCCCUUCCCCGGGUGGUGGUGCCCCCUGGCACCUUCGGAAUGUCCUCAGUGAUUCGGUGGAGAGCUCAGAUGAUGAAUUCUUUGAUGCUAGAGAGGAGGUGGCUGAAGGUAAGAGCGCCAUCCUUAUUGGCAUGAGCCAGUGGAGCUCCAAUGACCUGGUGGAGCAGAUUGAGACCAUGGGGAAGCUGGAAGAGCAUCAAGGAGAAGGAGCCACAGCGUGUACGUCCAGCAUCUUGCAGGAGAAACAGCGAGAACUGUAUCGGGUGUCCCUAAGAAGACAAAGGUUCCCAGCUCAAGGAAGCAUUGAGAUCCAUGAAGAUGGCGAGGAAGGCUGCUCACAGCGUUCCUGCAAGACGCAUGUCCUCCUGCUGGUGCUGCACGGGGGCAACAUCCUAGACACCGGUUCUGGUGACCCUUCCUGCAAGGCGGCCGACAUUCACACCUUCAGUUCUGUGCUGGAGAAGGUCACGCGUGCCCACUUCCCUGCUGCCCUGGGCCAUAUCCUCAUCAAAUUUGUCCCUUGUCCUGCCAUCUGCUCGGAGGCUUUCUCGCUUGUCUCUAACCUGAACCCCUAUAGCCACGACGAGGGCUGCCUCAGCGCCAGCCAGGACCACGUUCCCCUGGCUGCCCUUCCCCUGCUGGCCAUCUCCUCUCCACAGUACCAAAAUGCUGUCGCCACUGUCAUUGAGCGAGCCAACCACAUCUAUGGAGAGUUUCUCAAGUCCUCUGAUGGGAUUGGCUUCAGUGGGCAGGUGUGUCUCAUCGGGGACUGUGUGGGCGGCCUCCUGGCUUUCGAUGCCAUCUGCUACAGUGCGGGGCCCUCAGGGGACAGUCCUGGCAGCAGCAGCCGGAAGGGAAGCAUCAGCAGUACCCAGGACACCCCUGUGGUGGAGGAGGACUGUGAUCUGGCCAGCAGUAAGCGUCUCAGCAAGAGUAACAUCGAUGUAUCCAGUGGAGUGGAGGAUGAGGAGCCCAAAAGGCCAUUGCCACGGAAACAGAGCGACUCCUCCACCUAUGACUGUGAGGCCAUCACCCAGCACCAUGCUUUCCUCUCAAGCAUCCACUCCAGUGUGCUGAAGGAUGAGGCCGAGGUUCCUGCAGCUGGCACACCCCAGCUCGCUGAGGUCAGCCUGGGUCGCUUUGACUUUGACGUGUCUGACUUCUUCCUCUUUGGCUCACCCCUGGGCCUCGUCCUGGCCAUGCGGAGGACAGUACUGCCUGGGAUAGAUGGUUUCCAGAUGCGGCCUGCCUGUAGCCAGGUCUACAGCUUCUUCCACUGUGCAGAUCCCUCUGCCUCGAGGCUUGAGCCACUGCUGGAGCCCAAGUUCCACCUGGUGCCUCCUGUCAGCGUGCCUCGUUACCAGAGAUUCCCCCUGGGUGAUGGACAGUCUCUCCUGCUCGCUGAUGCCCUGCACACCCACAGUCCCCUAUUCCUGGAGGGCAGCUCCCAGGGAAGCCCCCCGCUUCUGGAUGCCUCUGCCUCGCCCCCUCAGGCCCCAAGAUUCCAGAGGCCAGGACGGAGGCUAAGUGAAGGCAGCUCCCACAGCGACAGUUCAGAGUCCUCGGACAGCCUGGCACCUAUGGGAGCCUCCCGCAUCACAGCCAAGUGGUGGGGAACCAAGAGGAUUGACUAUGCCCUGUACUGCCCCGAUGUCCUCACCGCCUUCCCCACUGUGGCCCUACCCCACCUCUUCCAUGCCAGCUACUGGGAGUCUACCGAUGUGGUCGCCUUCAUCUUAAGACAGGUGAUGCGUUAUGAGAAUGCAAGCGUGAAGGAGAACACUGGCCUGGACCCCACGGCUCUGAGCCCCACUAACCCCCGGGAGAAGUGGCUGCGCAAGCGGACCCAGGUCAAGUUGCGGAAUGUCACUGCGAACCACCGUGCCAAUGAUGUAAUUGCGGCUGAAGAUGGCCCCCAGGUCCUGGUGGGGCGUUUCAUGUAUGGCCCUCUUGACAUGGUGGCUCUGACUGGAGAGAAGGUGGACAUCCUAGUGAUGACAGAGCCAUCGUCAGGCCGCUGGGUCCACCUGGACACAGAGAUCACCAACAACAGUGGCAGGAUCACGUACAAUGUGCCGCGACCCCGGCGUCUGGGGGUUGGUGUCUACCCUGUAAAGAUGGUGGUCAGGGGUGACCAGACCUGUGCGAUGAGCUACCUCACAGUGCUGCCCCGAGGCAUGGAGUGUGUUGUGUUCAGUAUCGAUGGAUCCUUUGCGGCCAGCGUGUCUAUCAUGGGAAGCGACCCCAAGGUCCGGCCAGGUGCAGUGGAUGUUGUUCGGCACUGGCAGGACCUGGGCUACAUGAUCCUUUACAUCACGGGGCGGCCGGACAUGCAGAAGCAGCGGGUAGUGUCGUGGCUGUCCCAGCACAACUUCCCACAGGGCAUGAUCUUCUUCUCGGACGGACUGGUGCACGACCCGCUGAGGCAGAAGGCCAUCUUCCUUCGCAACCUCAUGCAGGAGUGCUUCAUCAAAAUCACUGCAGCCUACGGCUCCACGAAAGACAUCUCAGUCUACAGUGUGCUGGGCCUCCCUGCAUCCCAGAUCUUCAUCGUGGGCCGGCCCACCAAGAAGUACCAAACCCAGUGCCAGUUCCUGAGUGAAGGCUAUGCCGCACACCUAGCGGCACUGGAGGCCAGCCACCGCUCGCGCCCCAAGAAGAACAACUCGCGGAUGAUCCUGCGCAAGGGCAGCUUCGGGUUGCAUGCGCAGCCGGAGUUUCUGCGCAAGCGCAACCACCUGCGCAGGACCAUGUCAGUGCAGCAGCCGGACCCACCCGCCCCUAACCCCAAGCCCGAGCGGGCACAGAGCCAGCCCGAGUCCGACAAGGACCACGAGCGGCCGCUGCCUGCGCUCAGCUGGGCGCGUGGGCCCCCCAAGUUCGAGUCGGUGCCCUGAAGGGUGGGCGGUGCUCAGAACAGUGGGGGCAGUUAGGCGGCCUGCAGGGAAGGGAAGGGUUGCCUUCUCCCUGAUAAAGGCGUUUUCCUGCUUUUUCCCUCCCGUGUCUGUCCAGCAGUGUCCGACCAGAGCAGGGAGGGACCUUGCCCUGACACUGGGGAGCUUUCUGGGCUGCUAUGGGGUGAAAUCGGGGUGUCUCAGUGCAGCCACCGCCGCUUCCCCGUGCCUGUGCUCACAAGCCGGAGUCAGGGGUGAUGUGUGAGUGUGACCCUUGGGUCAAGCCUGCCUGUGCCCAGUGUUUGGGUAAAGUUGACCAUCUUUUCGAGUCCUGAGGUUUCUGUAGCUGCGCUAGGCAGGCUCAAACUAGAGAAGCCCCCAGCGCUAGGUAGACUGCCAGACAGGUGUUUACCUCUGGCUGAUUGCAGGUGCGACAACUUGACCAUAUGUAGAAGAGUGAGUGACAUUUGUGCCUGCCCUCCUUGUGACAUCCGGGGCACCACUUUGGGGCUGGCUGUCUUAUGACACAGUGAGAUCACUUUAUGGGAGAGGACAUUCUCUGGGUCCAAUCUGUGUAUGUGGAGUCGAUCCACAACCCCUGGGGACCGGGUCUGGUGCUGACUGUCUGUCUUGCAGCUGUCCUUUGCUCCCCUUCUUGUUCUCCUGUGGCCCUUGAAGACAGAUGUUCCUCUUCCUUGAGUCUUGCCUUGUGCACUUCCCUGAGAGGCUGCAGCCAUGGGCUCUGCCCGGAAUUGGUCUGGCUACAGUCUGUAGCAUAUCCUCUUUGGGCCCUGCCUUUUUCUGUAACUAGAAGGGGCCUCUUGGCUGAGAUGGGUCCUGGGUUUAAUUCCAAGGCUGUCCAGCAUUUGAGCUCUCUGGGGCUUCACAGAAUGCCCAGUGGGCCUCCCCCCCAUUCCAGCCCUCCCCACCCUGGGAUAGAGAUUCUAGGUGGGACAGAAAGGGAGCCUAGCACCUCAGAGGAAGGAAGCCACAACUUCGUGGAGAAAUAAGCUUGUUUGUGUACACCGAGGGAAACAGAAAGUGCUUCCUUCUGCCAACAAAGGGGACAACAUGGUGGCCCCUUCCAUAGCUCUGCUCGGACUGGCUUUUUCUCUUUAGGUUUUCUGGAAUGCACAGACCUGAGAUCUUGGGUUCUGGAGGUUCAUGGAAUAUUGACUCACGCUGUUGUAUUCUCUUCCCCUCCCUGGCAACUCAGUUUAGUUUGAGCAUAGAAUCUCCUCUAGGGUAGUCAGACACCUUACGAUGGUGGCAGGGGGUGUUUCUUUGCUGCCGAGUCCCUGGCCUUGGCAAGUUUCCCCCUUGCUCCCUGGCCCAGGCUGACACCUGUUGUAUGGCUGCCUGGAUGUCUUAGUACCCCCUGGAUGCCACAGAGGCCAGAGCCAAAUAUCUGCAUACACAGCAGGCUCCUGUCAGCUUGGUGUCGCUUCUGUUCAAUGUCUACCUCUUGCAGCUCCCAUGCAGCCUGUGGUGGCUACUGAUGGGGGUGACUGGCACUAGGUUGUGAGUUGCUCAGCAAACUGGGUGCCUCACUUGGGCUGGAGGGGGUGUGGAUUUCCAGUACCCAUCCGGCUUUUCCCACUCAAAUAUCUUCUCCAGCCUGCCAGCUCCUGUUCCCUCUGCCCAUCCCAUCCUACCUGCCAGCUCCUGUUCCUCUGCCCAUUCCAUCCUAUCUGCUAGCUCCUGUUCCCUCUGCCCAUCCCAUCAUAUCUGACAGCUAUUUCAGUGGCAUCAGCACUGCACUUGGCAAACCAUGCCCAUCACUGCCAGGGGGCUGCAGAGAGGGCAGGGAGGUAUGGAACCAACUUCAGCUUCCUCUUUCUAUCCUGCCUCUUAGAAGUUCAUACCUGCCUCCCCCCAUUUCUCUUAGAAGUUAUACCUGCCCCCGCUACCCCACACCACCUUCCUCCACCAUUCUUGCCUGUCUUUUGGCACCAAAUCAUAUGGUAUAACCACCUUAAGUACAGUCCUUUCCCCUAAAUGCUGUGAUUUGAGCUUGGAUAGACUUGACUGAUUCUCCUCCCAGCAGGAGCCACUGAGUCUAACUUUCAAAUGAUAAACACCCAGGCUGAGUGUUUGUGUGAGUGGGGGACCCCAAGGGGACUGGAGCCAGUGACCAGGCUCUGUGGGUCAGAGCCAGCCAGAGGCCCCACUCCUCUUUUGCUAGAGCCUCACAUUGGGGCUAGGGUGAUCCCUUUUGUGGGAUGCCGCGGGUGUACAGGUGUUGUGAAUACCACCCUAGGAGCCGUGGUGCCUGUGUGAAGUACGCGCUCACUGCUCUGUUUAGAGAACAGCUCAGUCUUGGCUUCCUGGCAACUGUACUCUGUGUGUGCUUUCUGCUAGUGCUGUGUUCAGUUAGGUCAGAGAUCAGAGGAACUGAUACCUAGUGUUCUCCAGAGGAGAGUGCCGUUGCCUCCUCCAGUAGUUCUGUGACGCCCCAUCCAGCUGUUUUCUAGAGACCUUUAGCUCCCGGUGUGCCUGCUCUCCAGCUGUUGAAACAUGUUCCUGCUUGACCAAAGUUCCCGUAUCUGAGUGGCAUGUUUGUUUUUCCCAUGUGGUAGCUGUCCUGACCUGGCUGAGGGAUGCCUGACACCUUCCUUUAUCCCUCGUCCUGUUGUGGGUUGCUGGAGUCUGCUCUUUCAGCCUCAUGCCCCUCACCCCUAAAGACUGACCCCUCCCUGAAGCAUCACAAGAUAUUUUUUAAAGAAAAUAAAUUAUUUUCAUGCAUUCAGACAAACAGCCUUCCCGCCUGGGUGCUGGGCUACAUCAAAUGUAUCUGAACCCCGGUAUUCCUGAGAUUGGGGUGGUUCUCUGAAGAAGGGAAAGCUGUAUCUAAUGGUUUUUAAACUGUACUUCGGGCACUCCGCAGCCCAGAGCUGUGCCCCGGAAGUAUCCUGCAGACAAAACAUGGCACCUGUCUUUAACUGGGGAAUGGACCCUGCCAGACCGAUGUGCCCAGGUCUGGAGGAGGUGCCACUUUUGCAGGCAUACUCUCCACUCAGCUCAGGUGAAGCCCCGUCUGGGAGGGGCACCCUGACUGUAGGAGCCUUGCAGUUGACCCCGCCUUAAACAACCACUUUCCAGCGGAAUCCCCGGGGUUCCAUUCCAAGUGCUCUGAAAAUUAAAAAAAAAAAAAUCCCUUUUCUUUCCCUUCUGGGCUAGGGAGGAAUUUCUUAUACACCCAAGUUAAACGUUUAGACCAAGUGGCAAAGCCGUGAUCUUGCUGGUAAACUAACAGGGAGGUUGGGGAAAAAAAAAUCAGAAUUUGACUCCACCCUGUGGAGGUGCAGAAGAGGUAGGGGGACACCAAGGAACGGUAGGCACAGUGGCAGCGUGGGACAUGCCCCCUCAGACCCAGACCCACUGUCCUUUUGUUUACUCAGUGGUGGCAGCCCGUCUGACCUUGUCUGUGGUCUGCCUGUCCCUGUGUGUGUAACUUCCAGUACUCGCUGUGAUGGCUGGUUCUGUGAUAGAAAAGGCUUAUUACAGUCCUCAUGGCUGCCUUGUACAAAAUCCGUUAGAAGAGAAAAUGUAAAAUAUCCAAUUUCUAACAAGACAAAAACAGCAUUAUGGAAUUAAAAAGAUUUUUACAAUUGGUCUUGAUUUUGAUGUGAGCUGUUUUUAACCGAAAUGUUGUCACUUAAAUAAAAACCUUA